GAUUAGGUGCAUGACGGGAAUUUUUCAAGAUGGAAGGCUAGAUCUCGCAUCAAAAUUCAUCAAGUGAACCCGGGUGUUUAUUUCAGAUCAUUCCUUCGAUCAGCACCAUGGUGGUAAGGAAGGCUCUGCAUUGUUUGAAGGCCAUGAUGCCUAUCACAGGAGGUUUGUGUUUGGGCAUAUUUUUCAGUCUUUUAUUUGCCCCAGCUUUUGACGAAAGCUGCGAUCUGCAUGGGGGUCAGAUGGAAAAAUUCCCACAUUCUGCUAAAUCGGAUCAUCUUGGUCCUGGCAGAUCGUUAAAUGAAAAACUUAAUUUCGAUUACAGCAAUUCAGAUGACUUUGAACCAAAAUUAAGACCUCACGAGGAACACGCUGUUGCUGCAAAUGGACCAAGAAGAUUAAUUCGACCAAGAUAUGCCAGCACCGAACUUGGCAUCAGAGAGAAACUAUUUGUUGGAGUUAUCACCACAAAAGACAGCAUCAACUCUCUUGGUGUAGCGGUAAACAAAACACUUGCACAUUACGUGCCAAAACUUGUAUUCUUUAUGGAUAGAAGAGGACCUAAAAUACCAACUGGAAUGGCCAUCGUCAGUUUCCCAGACGGACGCACAAAGCUGAAGCCUUUUCACAUGUUGAAAUAUGUCUAUGAUCAUUAUGGGAACAAUUUUGAUUACUACAUGUUUAUACCUGACAAGACAUAUGUCCGCGGUGAGAAGGUGUUGAGUUUUGUCAGUGAUAUCAGUAUGAGUCUCCAUGUCCACCUUGGUCAGCCUAUAGGUCAGCUUGACCCACAGCAUGUGUUCUGUAGCCUGGCUGCUGGAGUGGUAAUCUCACAGUCGGUGCUGAGCAGUGUGGUCGACAACCUGGAGUGGUGUGCACAGAAUGCACUGGCCUCUGAACACGCAGACAACCUGGGCAGGUGUAUCAUCCACUCCACUGACCAGAAGUGUACAGCACAGAUACUGGGUAAAGAAUAUAGAUAUGUGGCUAAUAAAGAUUUGGAUUUUGACAAAGAAAUAGAUGACCUGAGAAAAACGGACUCAUUUAACAAAGCUCUUACUGUAAGCACAGUGCAGGAUGAUAUCACCAUGUACAAACUACACAGGUAUUUCUGCCAGUUGGAGUAUAAUGAGACAAAGCAGCAGAUAGAUGCUCUACAGAAAUCCAUCAUUAAUAUAAGUCAGUUGACCCCCGACCCUAAUGAGCAUGCUGGCUGGCCUGUAGGUGUUCAGCAGCCAUUUCGUCCCAAGAACAGAUAUGAUGUGCUGCGCUGGGAUUACUUCACUGAGAAACACAUCUAUUUGAAGGGGGAUUUCAGCACUGUGGAAGAACUGAAAGGAAUUGAUAAGCAAGAUGUUGCCGACAUUCUGAAGACAGCAAUGACAAAACUGAACCAGAAACACAACAACAGGUUCACCUACCACAGGCUGGUCAAUGGGUACCGCAGGUUCGACCCUUCCAGAGGCAUGGAGUACACACUUGACCUGGAAUUAAAGGAUACAUCAUCACCAGAAAACAACGAUAAAAUUUACCAGCGUAGGGUCCAUCUUGUUCGUCCUCUCAGCUUGCUUGAAAUCAUUCCUAUGCCAUAUGUAACCGAGAAUUCUAAAGUCAAUCUCAUUUUACCUAUAAUGGCCAGUGACCGCGAUGGGGUGGUCAGUUUUUUAGAUUCCUAUGCUCACACGUGCCUGGAUGCUGGCGACAACACAGAUCUCCUGAUUGUGUUCAUCUACGACCCAGCAGAGGCUGGAGAUGACAGCUUUAGUGUGCUGAAAUCUAUGAUCACAUACUAUGAAAACAAGUAUCAGAAUGGAGCCAAGAUAACCUCUUUAAGUCUACGGACCAGCAGCCCCACACAGCUGACCAUCAUAGAGGCUAUAUCAAGAAAGUUUAAGCCAGACUCUAUACUGUUGAUGUGUACUGUAGGAAUGGAACUGUCCAUAGACUUUCUGAAUCGAGUCAGGAUGAACACCAUAGCUAACUGGCAGGUGUUCUUUCCUGUGGGGUUUUAUCAAUAUAAACCUAACCUAAUCUAUGAGGAGAAGCCUUUCCCAACUGUGAUUGACAUUAACAGAAAUUUUGGUCAUUUUGAUGUCCAUUCAUUUGACCAUGCCAGCUUUUACAACUCAGAUUUUAUCCGUUGUUCUUCUAAUAAGACGAGUAAGGAACUGGCCAGGAUGGACUUGUUUGAGCUCUUUGUGCAGGAGAAAAAAUUGCACAUAUUCCGUGCUGUGGAACCUGCCCUGAAGCACCGCUAUCGUCAGCGUAUCUGCAACCCAGUCCUUGCCCAGGAACAGUACCAGCGCUGCCUGCGCAGCCGUGCCGAGGGACUGGCCAACAGCUCACAACUGGCCAUGUUGAUAUUUGAACACCAGAAGAAAGUGGAUAAAUCCCACCUGCAGGUGAUCCAGAGGCAGAGGGACCCCAUUGUCAACCACAUGAAGCCAGACAUGUUGAAAAGAUAAACAACACACAGGCAUAAACUGUCCAUGGGGACUUGAAGAGCCUCAAAAUGGAUCAAUGAUCGGUCAAUGUUUUUGCAUAUGUAUUUGGUUAAAGAUGUAUUCCAUGAUGAAGGGCAUGGGUGUAUGUUUUAAAUUGUCAUUAUCAUCAUUAUUCAUAUUAUGAAGGUAUCGGGUGCAUGUGCAUGGGAGGGUUUGUCAUAAUCAAAAUUUUCUAGUCAAAUGCCUGGAAUCGCAACUUCAAAGAGUUACGUAUAUUUUUAUGUGUAAGUUCUACAUUACUGCAUGGCUAUUCAUAUAUUGCAGAGAUGUAUACUGACAGUCAGUGAAAACGCAUCAGAAAACUUUCUUGUACUUUCUUGUAUCGAGAAUUGAUUCCAACCAUAUAAACGAGUACAAAUG